CCGCAUUUGGAAUUCAAAGUGGAUGGACGUUGGUGGAAAAUUCGUUGUAAUGUCCUGGAAGUUUUCUAGAAAUUAAAUUUUAAAAAAAUGGGUCUGAAGGAUAAAUCUGUGAGAAGUGUGGUGAAUAGAAUAGCAAAAUGGUUUCUCUUGAUCUACCUGUGCAUAAUCAACGUGCAAAGCAUCAGUGCUCAAAGAUGCACCAUACCUGAUGUCCAGAACGACAAUGUCAUUUCACUGCCAAUGAUAGCAAUUGGGCAGCCAUCAACACUCGCAACGUACAACAUGGAGGACACCGUGAACAUCAUCAAUAUCACCAAUAAUGCAGAUUCAGGAAGAAUCUUCAUUAAUGCGGACUACAAUAGCCAAGUUGGAGCACUGACGCUCUUCACAACUGAAGAUUUCCCGAAUUAUGCCCAAUUUGAGGAGAAAGUCACCAUUAUUGUCACCAUUUCCUUCACCUGUGUCAGCCUCACGAGGGACAUUACAUUCAUACAGCCACUUGAGGUGUCCAAUGAUCACGAUCCCGAAUUUCUGCAACCAAUCUAUGAAUUCAAAAUUCCUCUACCGCUUCCAGCGAAUUUUGAUUUAACUGUCUUCCAGGAAAUAGCAGCUCGUGACAUUGAUAUUGGAGAAAAUGGUGUAACUUUCACGGCUGAAUCGGAUUUUAUAACUGUUGGAACAUCAGAUGAAUCGCGUGAACCCAAAACCUACUACGCAACGAUGAUCACAAAAACUCAGAUCCUCUCCAUCGUUCACAGUAUUGCAUUUGAAAUUACUGCAACGGACAUUGGUGGGCGAAGCUCAACGGUCGCUGUUUACAUUGAAAGCGAUGGCGAGAAUACCUUCAUAAUGCGCCCAAUUUUCGAGAGAGCUCUCUAUACGGGAGUAAUGAAUGAAGACCUGAUCCUAACAAUGAGUUCAUCAGUGAUCCUCGAUACGGAAACCUAUGACGAAGAGGAGGUGGAAUUUAGUCUACAAGGCGAUGAUUCGAGAUUCUUCACAUUCACAAAUAUUCAAAAUGUAAUAAAUAUCCAGCUUCAGGAGCAGAUUGUGGAGGAAGAACUAGAAGACAAGAACUUCCUGCAAUUUAUGGUUGUUGCAACACGACCGGGAGUUGAGGAGGGAGCUACAGCAGUUCUCAUUGAUCUCCUCAAAACAUGUCCAGAAGUCACGAUUCCAACCACGGAAGAACCAACGCCUUGUCCCGAAGUCACCUGCCCUACUUUCCCCACUGAUGGACCAACUGAACCUACUCCUAGCCCUCCUACACAACCUCCACCUGAGCUCUGUCCUGAUCCCGAAGGCCCCGUCUUCCAGGAAGAUUUCUACACAUAUCGCGUCUCUUACGGUCAACUGGGAAAUAUUGGAGCAGUCCGUGCAAGUCAUCCUGAUGAAUCAGCUCUGGAUGUUAUUGAAUACUCCCUCAACUUCAAGGAUGAUUCUUUAGGGGAAAAAAUUUCAAUUGACGGCGCUUCUGGCCAGAUAGGCAUUUUGGAGCAACUUAUACCAGAAGUCUAUGGAUUCGAGGUAUUUGCUUCGAUUCUCGUAGAUGGAGAACGAAAAGUUGGUAGAGCCCUUGUGACUGUUAUUGUUGAAGCUAACGAACUGUGCUCUCCGACUCCUGUUGAAACAAGCCUUAUGGUACGACGUCUAAAGGAGAAUGCAGAACAUGAGAUAAUGAGUACGCAAAUUGAAAAUUGCGAAUUUGAAAUUCUCGGUUUCCAACCAAAUGAUCAAGAGUACUUCUACAUUGAGAAUAAACUCCUGAAAUCGAUCGAAUUCGACAGGGAAGCUGAAAUAUUCGCUGAUAUGUUGAUACCGCAGUUUCAGAUCAGCCUAAAGCUUGAUUGCCCUGAAACACCUGAAAUACGUCGAAAGCGUUCAAUCUCUUGGUUAGCAAGCCAAGCUGUUCCAAGAGAUUUAGACGGACCCAAGGAGUACGUCUACACAAACGAUAUUCCUCACGCUUCUACGGUUACCAUUCUCAAUGUGAUCGUUGACGAUGAAAACGACAAUAAACCAGAGAUCAUCUACCCAACGCCCGAAACUGGUCUUACUUUUGGCUAUCCCGAACCAAGCUUAGCUGAUAAACUCCUUCUUAGCAAUGUUCUUCAGGUCAGAGCAAUUGAUCGUGAUGAAGGGGAGAAUGCCAUUAUCAAGUACGCUCUUCACGAAACAAGCGCACACUUCACGAUUGACAGUGAAACGGGAAUCAUCUACCCGAAGAAGAACGCACUGGCAUCUUCAACGCUAGCCAAUCUGCGGGUUAUAGCAACAGAUCGUGCAGAAGAUGAGGGAACACUUCAAGGAGCCAAUGUUAACAUAGCCAUACACAGACUAAGUUUUGAAAAUAUCGCCGUUGUAACUGUUGAAGAUGUUCCACUAGCUGAUGCUGAUGCAAUCAGACGAAGUAUUUACAAUGUUAGUGACGCCAGGAUCAUUAUUCUCCAUUCUACGAAUAUUCCUGCAGCAAAGGAAUCGUCCUUACUACGACAGAGUUCUGAUACAGUAGAUAUGAAGUUCCUUGUCUACGGGUUUGCAAGUGAAAGGCUACUCAAUACUCCGCAGAUUGAACAGAGACUCAAUGAUGUCGCUGAAAAGUUCGACGCAAGAACUACUCCGCUCGAGGAAGUGAUAAGUGUUAUUGGAGAAGAAGGAGCUGUAACAGGAUAUAUUGUAGGUCUAUCAGUCUUGUCAGCUGUUCUUCUAGCAGUCUUCAUUGCUGCUUUCUGGGGUUGGUGGAAGUGGAUCCGACCUUACGAGUACAAGACGAUGGAGAAUGAAAGUGUUGCAUCUGAUGACAACGGUCUCAAUCCCGACUUUGAUAAACGAGCCGUUCUAGAAGGACACAUCCCGGAACCAAUAAGAUUAUCUGAAACGUACAACGACCCCGAACGACUGUCUCCAUCUGUUCAGCCAACUCUGGAAAAUGGAAGUGUGGAAACGGGUGAGCUGCGUGAUGAACCUAAACCAGAAAGUCCACCGAAGGAAAGGAGAAAAUCCAUUGUGACGUUCAAUGAAGACGUCGAAAGGAUUGAAAUUGUCACGGAGGUUCCAGCAGACACUCAAUCAGAUUCAGAGAAGGAAGUUUAUAAAUUCUAAAAAAAAAAUGUAUUUAAGGCAAUAUAAUUUAAAAGAUAUCAAUAAACCUACUGUCUAAGUUAUCAACAAAA